CAGAUCUUAUUUGUGCAUUACAGCUUUUUCUUGUGAUUCGGGACAAUUUUUGGAUAUUAAGACCCAGUCAUGCUCUGAAUGUGCUGCAGGAACAUAUUCCCUUGGAACUGGGAUCAAAUUUGAUGAAUGGGAUGAGAUGCCCAUCAGGAUUUUCCAAUGUGGCAACAUUUAUGGAGACAACUACCGACUUCUCUGGAAACAGACCUGAUAGCUGUGAUAACUCAUCAUGGAUUCCUAAAGGAAAUUACAUAGAAUCUAAUCGGGAUGACUGUACUGUUUCCCUCAUCUAUGCUGUGCAUCUGAAGAAAGCUGGAUCGGUGUCAUUUGACUAUCAGUAUCUGGACAACAAUAUCUUUUUUGAAUUCUUUAUUCAGAAUGACCAGUGCCAGGAAACAAGUUCUUCCUCUGACAAGUGGGUGAAGUUGUCUGAUAGCGGUGAAUGGAUGCAUCAUUCGCUGCCUCUAAAGUCUGGAACUAACAUUCUGUAUUGGAGAACUACAGGCAUUCCUUUUGGGGUCAAAAGUGGUGAAGCCUGUGUUGAUAAAGAACAUUACAAUAGAAGGUGUUGCCUACACAUCAGAAUGUUUUCCUUGUAAACCUGGCACAUACAGUGAUAAAACGGGAUCCUCCUCCUGCAAGUUGUGUCCCAGGAACACGUUUUCUGACAGAGGAGUUAAGGAAUGCACUCCAUGCAAACAAGAAACCCAAUAUUCAGAUGAAGGAUCCAGCAAGUGUGUUGAUCGUCCUCCUUGCACAAACAAAGAUUUAUUCCAGAUCCACACACCCUGUGACACAGAGGGAAAGACACAAGUCAUGAAUAAAUGGAUAGAACCAAAAGUAUGCAGAGAAGACCUGCCUGAUGCCAUCCAGCUUCCAGCAUCAGGACAAAAGGAGAAAUGUCCACCAUGCAACCCGGGAUUUUACUCUAAUGGAACAUCUGCUUGUGUCCCUUGUCCAUUCGGGACCUACUCAGAUGGAACACAAGUGUGUAAGAACUGUGCUGCUGGAACAGAGCCAGUCCUAGGCUUUGAGUACAAGUGGUGGAACAUCCUCCCAUCCAAUAUGAAGACCUCUUGCUUUAACGUUGGAAAUUCCAAGUGUGAUGGAAUGAAUGGCUGGGAAGUUGCAGGUGAUCAUGUUCAUAGUGGAGCAGGGGGCUCAGAUAAUGACUACCUUCUGCUGAAUCUACAUAUCCCUGGAUUUAAACCUCCAACAUCAAUGACUGGGACAAAUGGCGCAGAGGUGGGCAGGAUUACAUUUGUGUUUGAAACUCUUUGUUCUGCAGACUGCGUGCUAUACUUCAUGGUGGAUGUAAACAGAAAAACAACAAGUGUGGUAGAAUCGUGGGGAGGAAACCGGGAAAAGCAAUCUUAUACUCACAUCAUACCCAAGAAUGCUACAUACAUGUUUACAUGGGCAUUUCAGAGAACCAACCAGGCACAAUUUAGCCGACAUUACAUAAAUGAUGUUGUGAAGAUCUAUUCAAUAACUGUAACCAAUGUUAUGGAUGGAGUAGCUUCAACCUGCCGUGCCUGUGCCUUGGGUUCUCAACAGUCAGGAUCUUCUUGUGUCCCGUGUCCCGCAGGACAUUAUAUUGAUAAAGAGAGCAGUACAUGCAAAGAAUGCCCGGUCAACACAUACUUGUCUCCACAUCAAAUGUACGGAAAGGAGGCCUGCAUUCCUUGUGGUCCUGCAAGUAGAAGUAACAAGGAUCAUUCAGCUUGCUUUAGUGACUGCUCCUGGUCAGUCAUACAUGAAAACCAGAGUUUAAUAUACAAUUUCAACACCCUAAGCAGCGUGACAACCCUUACGAACGGACCAAGUUUUACUUCCAAAGGGACAAAGUACUUCCACAUAUUCAACAUCAGUCUGUGCGGAAAUGGAGGGGAAAGGAUGGCUGUAUGCACUGAUAACAUUACUGACGUAACAGCCAAAGACAUGGAAGCAGAGCCCGAAGACAUUUCUAACUUUGUUAAAACAUUUGUCUGCCAAUCCACUAUCAUUCCAUCUGAUAGCAAGGGAUUCCGAACAGCUUUGUCAUCACAGUCAGUCAGUUUGGCUGAUACAUUUCUAGGUGCUACAGCUGACACAAGCCUUGGUGGAACCAAUAUUAAGCCUGAUGCAUUUCCUGCCUUGAAGAAGAUACCAGAUAUAAAUUUCUAUUUCAAAUCUUCUUCAGUUACAUCAUCAUGUGAAAAAGGGAGAGCUACAGUGAUAUCUUUGAGAUGCAACCCUACAAAACUUGGUCAGGGAGAUAUUUCGGUGCCCAGAUUAUGUCCUGCCGGUACAUGUGAUGGUUGCAAUUUUCAUUUGCUCUGGGAAACAGCAGACGCAUGCCCUCUCUGUACAGAUAAUGACUAUCAGAAGAUAGAAGGAGCUUGUCGAAAAGGGCAACAGGAAACUCAUUAUGUCUGGAAUGAGCCAAAAUUGUGCAUGAAGGGUGUAUCUCUACCAGAAAAAAGGACAGCGGCCUGUGAGUCAAUAGACUUCUGGUUGAAAGUGGGAGCUGGUGUUGGUGCCUUUGUAGCUGUUCUACUUGUAGCAUUGACCUGUUACUUCUGGAAGAAAAACCAAAAGCUUGAAUACAAAUACUCCAAACUAAUCAUGACUGCUAAUUCCAAAGAGUGCGAGCUUCCUGCUGCUGACAGCUGUGCUAUAAUGGAAGGAGAAGACAAUGAUGAUGAUGUGGUCUAUUCCAAUAAGCAGUCAAUACUGGGAAAGCUGAAAUCACUUGCAACAAAGGAUAAAGAACACAGUUUUGAAUCAGUACAGUUGAAAUCCUCAAGAACACAACAUAUAUAA